CGGCACUAUACGACCUUAUGUGUUGAGAAUUUAAAUACGUUACUUAAUACUGCGCACUUCAUUCAGACUAUAGCUUCGUCAUAAUGAAAAUUCACCAUAGUAAACAGAUGCGCCCACCUGGUCUGUGGGAAUGAUUUUUGGAAUCUUGACAGUUUUCGGUAUUAUUUCCUUCACAAUAACCAGGAGAAUGAAUGCAUUGUGGCAUGACGGUUCUUGGGAUCCUUCUUGGGAUACAUGGUGGCACUACAAAGAAGGCGUAAUGGGAGGUCCGAGUCAUUGGGGACAGACAGCUUUCAUGGCCAUUGCCAAUGACGUAUGGCCAGCUUGUUAUCAAGGGAAGAUGCAAUCUCCAAUCAGUAUCUCCACGAAACAUCUACUAUUUGAUCCUAAUUUAAUGCCAUUGAAAAUCUCAGGUUCAGAUAAGCAAAUUGAUGUGGAGGUAGUGAAUACAGGACAAGAUUUACAGGUGAAAAUCCUCGAUUCAAUAGCAUCAAUUGUAUUCAGUGAAGGACCAUUAGUAUAUAACUACAAAUUCUUUGGAGCUUUAAUCAAAUUUGGCUCAAGAUCAGAUCGUGGUUCAGAUCACCAAAUUGAUGGUAUUGCUUUUCCCGCUGAGCUACAACUGUAUGCAUUCAAUUUUAUUUUAUACCAAAACUUUUCUAACGCACUUUCAAAACCAAAUGGCUUAGCUGUAUUAUCUGUUCUUUUUAAAAUUGGUGAUCAAUCGUCAGCUGAUUUGGAAGCAUUACUAUCUACGGCAGAGCAGGUUCAAUUGAAAGGACAAUCUAAAAGGCUUCAUGGUUUGCUGUUGGAUGCUGUUUUACCGUCUACUAUGCAAUAUAUUACUUACCAAGGCUCUUUACCAUUUCCUGCCUGUUAUGAGACUGCAACAUGGAUUUUGCUUAAUCAGCCGAUCGUAAUUACAGAAACUCAGCUAAAAUCUCUUCGACAACUUCGAAUAGCGCCAUUUCGAGGAUCAGGCAGCAUGGCUGACAAUUAUCGAACCAUUCAAAAAUUGAAUAAUCGAUCAGUUCGAACAAACAUUGAUUUUAGAAAGAGUGUAAGUAUGCUUGUUUGUUAUAUUAAAUAAUAAUUAAUCAAUCCAUGAGAUAACUGUGGUUUCAUACAAAAUAUUUUGAUUAACUCUAUUCGUUCAGUUUUAUAAAGCCCAAAUAACGAACAUUUAAGAUAAUUGGUAACUGACAUAAACUUGACAGAUUCAUAUGCACUUCCAGUGAACUUUCAUAUGUCAAUGGUCUUUUACAUGUGUUUAUUUUAUAAGAAUGAAGUGCUAUGUGGAUAUAUAUAAUAGGAAUAACACGUUUCAGAAAUCAUCACAAUCUAAAUAUUAAAUGUAAAACACGAAAAAGUAUUAUGGUAAGGUUUUCUUUAGUUGACUUUCGUGCUAAUACAAAACGACCUACAAAAUAUUACUUACAUACGCCUGUUAACGCCAAUAGAGCAUAGGCCGUCGACCAGCAUUCUCCAACCCACUCUGUCCUGGGCAUUCCUUUCCAGUUCUGUCCACUUGUCGUUCAUUUUUCUCAUGUCUAUCUCCAUUACUCGGCAUAAUGUGUUUUUUGGUCUUCCUCUUUUCCUUUGGCCUUGAAGACUCCAUGUGGGGGCUUGCCUUGUGACGUAGUUGGGUGCUUUCCUCAAAAUGUGUCCUAUCCACUUCCAGCACUUCUUCCUGAUUUCUUCCUCCUCUGGCAUCUGGUUUGUUCUCUCCCACAGUAGGUUGUUGCUGAUAGUGUCUGGCCAACGGACCCGACGUCUUUUGCGUAGACUAUUGUUAAUAAACACCUAUAUCUUCUGUAUGAUGGAUUUCGUAGUUCUCCAGGUUUCCGCCCCAUGCAGUAAAACUGUUUUGACAUUAGUGUUGAAAAUUCUGACAUUGUUGUUGGUUGACAGUUGUGUUGACUUCCAGAUGUUCUUCAGUUGUAGAUAUGCUGCUCUUGCUUUACCGAUCCGCGCCUUCACAUCUGCAUCAGAUCCACCAUGUUCAUCAAUGAUGCUGCCCAGAUAUGUAAAGGUGUCAACUUACCUUAAAUUAAAAAAACCUAAAUUCUUUAUGUUAUUCAUUUAGAUCGCUGUAGUACAACCUAACUACACUCAAAAUAAGUAACUAAAAAGGUUUACAGUCAUUUGUAAACCAUUUAAAUUAAAAAUAGCAGUGAGCGUGUUGUUAGCUUCAACAACAAUAUGUUGAAAAGUGUGUCAAAAUUAUUCUCUAAUUAUAGGGAAUUUCGGUUUUACAUGGAAUAUAAGUUUA